CCAAGUGAAAAUCAGAGUCUCAGAUAAUUGAGAAUGAAUGAAUAAUUAACAACAAAUGCUCUGAGGCCUGGGAGGUCCCAAGGGGAGCUGGCAAGACCGGCCCGACGAGACAAAAAUCUCUAGCGAGCGCUCCAGAAGCAGUCCUGGCACACGCUGGAGCUAGCACCACUGACUGUGCCAGGGCUCACAUCUCUAAUACUGCGCUAAUUAGAACAGCUUGUUUUUCAAACUCCGCUUCAAUCCUGAGGUUGCAGUCACAGAGCUUGGAAGCGGAGCACCCUGUUUAGGGCCCCUCCAGUGCAGCCACAGUCCAGGCCUGCCUCAAGUCCUACUCCUAUGAUUUGCUGCUUUGGCCAUUUUAAUCUUAAAUCUCUCUAGUGGCGCGAGAACCUUGUGCCAGCCUAAACAAAUUCUCGAGACUUUCAGGACCUUGGAUCUUCCAAUAGAAGAGCUGGAACUAGCAUUCUCCCGAAUACCGUGGGGACUUCUUCAGAGUCCACGCCGUGGCUAAACUUUCCUCCCCAGCUCCGCAUAGUUUUUUCCACAAGGGAGCAUUUUCCUGCUCAGGUGCACCGGGGGAUCUCUCCCCCUGGUCUAAGAUCUCCCUGUAUUAGCACUGCUCCCAGCCCGGUCUCAGACCAAGGCAUUCCUGAAAACCACAAAUGGUUUGUCAAAGUGUGGCUUUGCUAGCACUGGGUCUUAGCCUGAGGCAUCUCUUGGGAAACAGAAACUCUCUGGGAUUCUGCUGUCCAGAUCACCUUCCUUGUGCAGCUCAGUGAUGGGAGCUGCUAGGAUACUGAAGUGCGGGACUAAAGUUGGCAGCAAUACUCUAUCAUCCCAAUGAAAGAUCAGGCUUGCUUUGUCACCUGAGGAGCAGGCCCGUCUGGGACAGCUUUGAUUUUAGCAAGCGAAGGUUUGAUCUGAUGCUUCCUACCUUGUGUCCCAGAUUUGACACUUCUGCCAUCCCCUUUACCUUUCCUAUUUCCACUGCCAGCCUGCCCUCCUUUAGACGAUCCAGAACCCACUGCAAGAGUUACACGUUGCUGCUGAGUUUGGUUGAAAAUACAAAUGCCGACAACGUACGCAACAGCAAACCCACCCGUUCCCUUCACUAACCCACCCACCAAAUGCUGAAACGUAGCCGAGGCCCACAUUGUCAUCUUGGGUUUGGUCCCGGAGCAUAGUCCUCAGGCCCACAGCACAUCCCCACUGCAGGAUGGGUGUUUUGUGGUGUAUAACCCAGGCCCUGGGGACCCAGCAUAAUGCAGAAAAAGGAUUUUAAUUUCUCAAUGCAAAACAGACCCAGGCUCCGUCUCCAAGCUCUCACGUGUGUGGGGGGGCGGGGAAGCGGGUGUCAAUGCCACCAGCUGACCACACUGCUUCUGAACCUCUGCCGUUCACCAGCUGCUGACAAGGAAGUGAACUACCACAUGCUGAAAUGGCAGUGUGACCAGCAGGCAUGCAAGCAAUCUCUCCCCAGGGAACGGUCUGAUGCGCCUCCUGAUGAAUCAAAUGUGCAGCCUCAUCUGUGGAUGUGGGUGAACCCUAAUGUGGUUUGCCCCACUGCAAGACAUCUGGGCACGGAUGCGACAGAAGACAGGAGUCUGUCGUCCUCAACAGCUGCUGACAUAAGCUUUUCAUCUCCAAGCCCUUCCUUGGAUUACUCCAACCUCGACUGCUCGGAGGAGGAUCUGCUGUCAUCAGCCAGCGAGGCAGGGAAGUUCACUGAGGAUGAAGAUGCUGCAUCUGUAGACAUCCAGCUCUCUCAGAAGAUGGUGGAAACUCCCAAAUUCAAGGCGAACCUGGCACCCUGGAAAGCAAAGGUCUCCAGAUCUCGGAGCAGGAAGCUCAAGUACACCCUGCAGGCGAAGGCCAAAACCAAGGAGAUCUGGCCUCGCCCCCCCCUUAAUUACUGCAUCCUCAUCACCCUGGCCCUGUACAACAGCGCAGAGGGCAGCCUGACCGUGCAGCAGAUCUACCAGUUCACACGGCAUCACUUCCCAUUCUUCCAGACAGCCCCAGAUGGCUGGAAAAACACUAUUCGACACAACCUGUGCUUCAGCAGGAGCUUCGAGAAAACCACCCGCUUUGUGUGCAGCGAGGGGAAGCGCAAGGCACGCCUGUGGAAGCUGACCACAGACGGGCGCAGGAAGUUUGAGGAAGAGAUGCAGGCUCUACCCACGGAGGCCCUCGCCUUGGUGCACCAAAGCAUGAACGAACCAGGUACAGUCCAAAGGGAGCAACUCUUGUCUGAGUGGUCCAGGCAAGAGGAGCAGUCUCUGGAGACUCUUGUGAGGGAGCUGCAGCUGGGCCACAUCUGUGCGUGCAGGGCCCUAGGGAAAGAGCAGGCUAGGCUGAAUGGCUGACAAAGACAAGCUUUAACCUAAGCCAGGAGAGGGGCUGCCGAGUGGAACCAUCCUCCCUUUGAAUAGACAAGCCACUCGUGCUCCCCCUUGUCUGAACCGUCUGCCUACCCCCAGCACUUGACAGGGCCCCAGAAACCUCUUACAGACCAUUCCACUGUGCACUUCUCCACCAUGAAGAGUCUGGAGGCACGCUAGGGCCCCUCUACACCUUACCUUUAUGCCACAAUCAAUGCACUAAUCACAGUGCACGCAGCAAGGCUGUUACACAUGCACCCAAUUUAAGGCACCAUGAAAUAGUAAACCAGCUACAGAAAUGUUACCUACAGAACACUUUUACAGCCAAGUUGUGUGGCGCUAGAAAUUGAACAAGUGGCACAUUUGCACACUGGGCUUCCUGGAGCCGAUACCCAACAAGCUGAUUGUAGGUACUGCCGCCAGGGCAGGCCUGGUUCUCCAACCCAGCCUGGAGAUGUCUUGUGGGGAAGAGGGAUGGGAAAUCAUAGUUUCCAGGGUCAGAAGGGACCUGAACAGAUCAUCAAGUCUGACCCCCUGCCCUGGGCAGGAACGAGUGCUGGGAUCAUAACACCCCAGCCAGAUAUCUAUCCAACCUCCUCUUGAAAACCCCCAAGGUAGGGGAGAGCACCACCUCCCUGGGGAGCCCGUUCCAGAGCCUGGCAGCCCUAACCGUAAAGUAAUGCCUCCUGAUAACAAACCUGAACCUGCUCUCAGUCAAUCUGUGGCCCUUAUUCGUGGUUAUCUCAGGUGGUGCCCGGGGCAAAGAGCCUCACCUAUUUUCCUCUGUUCCCCCCUGGUGAGUUUAUAGACGGCCACCAGAUCCCCUGUCAGUCUUCUCUUGUGGGGGCCCUUUACUCUAUCUACAGUCAGAGGGCUUCCCUCACCUGGAUGUUAAAUCCUGCACGCAGUGGUUCUGGCAGGGCUGCAGGGUGUGCAGGAUGAGAGGCUCCUGGCGGGGGAGUUGAAGGACUUCCACUGCUGGGGCUGACAAACAGCCGAUCGUUAGCUUGAACAACCCCAGGUAAAUCAAAUCUGGGAGUGUCUGGGGUUGAGGCCAGUCCGCUGUCCCAGGGCAGUCCAGGGUCACACUGGGCUGCAGGCACCUGGCUUUGAAUUAGGACCCCCAGCUUCCCCUGCACCAGCAAGCAGAAAGGGCACACUCAGGAUCUGAUCCCACAUUCAUGCAUGUGUGGCAUAGCAGGAGGCACUACUGCUGGGAUCAGGAUUGGAUCCCAUAGCACUUGAACUGAACCUGUGCCAGGGUGCCACCAGAAAAGGAUGCAUUUGGCUGGGGCAGGGGUGAAAAAAUUAAUCUACAUGAAAGUUAACCCAGGCUGCCUAAGAACUGUCCUCUUCUACACUGAGUGACAGAAAACUCCCACAGAGGAACGUAACCAGCAUUCAGCCGCUGGAACAAGCUUUUGCUGGUGGCAGAGUGACCUUGAGAGCGGGAUCCUGAUGGGCAGCAAGAGCAGAACAGUGAUUUUUAAUGAUGCAGUCAGUGCCCAGGGCAUUGGUUGUGGCCUUAGAUUUCAGCCAUCAACUUUCUCCCCCUUCUCACUCUCUGCAGAGUUGAUGAGCUCUCUGUUCUGUCUAUGAUCCCUACUGGUCAGCUACCACCGAGACAUGGAUCACACAGUUCUCAACCAGGCCUAUUUCCCCAAGUGCUACUACAGUCAACCUCUAAGCACCUGUAGAAGGGUGGGCGAACUGUGAACGGAAACUCUAGUGACUUCACCCCCCAACCUGCAAGGGAAGGAGCUGGCUUUCCCCUAUUUCCAUAGUGGCCGAAGCAGGGCUCUGUAGCUCCUCAACAGCUUGCCCUACGCAAGCGAUUCCCAGCUACAGAGACAAAAAACCUGGAUGCAUGUGACAGUGUUUUCAGUAGAAAGCCUGGGACAGCAGGAAAGCCAGCACCUGAUUUCCAUCCUUUUCCCAUCAGCAGGUGGACAUUAUUCCAAUGAUCACUAUCUGCCACUAGAUAAGCAGCUCUUUCUUUCAGGGGAGAACAGUGCUAAGCUGCCUAUCAUGCUGAAAUCUCAGGGCGUUCAAUCCAACUGCAGUUUCUCACCGCGUGUAUACAACACUCUCUCAUUGUGGGAAGGGGUCCUCUGUCCAGGAAUGGGGGAUAACAGCAAGAAUGUAUUGCUUACAUUUUUAUUUCCCUUUUGCGCUUUGUGUUCUGUAACACACUUUCAAGGUAAAAUGGCUAGGAGCUGAGCACACUGAGCACGAGGCAGUGUCUGGAGCAAAGUUCAGGAAUUCAUGCUCAGACACUUGCAGUGCAAGACUCAGUAAGGAUCUGGAUGCCACGCGCCUCAUGUCCUUGUGUUUUGGGCUUGUACACUGACUAACGUAUGGUGCUACUCUCCCUCGCUGUCUCUUUUGAACUAGAGACAAGAGAGACUCCUAAAGGCAACCUAAGAAAAUAAAGCUGAAUUACUGAUU